AUGGUCCUCUAUCCACUGUACGACAACGAUCACGAAGGUGGCGGAAGCUCGCUUUCUGCCGCAGACUUCUGCGACUCGCCGACGCCCACCAACAACACCACCAGCGAAUCAAUUACCGCCGGUGAUCAUCAGCAGCUGAAGACCAGCUCCAGUGGUGGUGGUGGUGAUUUAGCCACUGCAAACCGGCGCCUCCAGGAGCGGCUCGACUUUCUGCAGCUGGAGAAGGAGAAGAUCCUGCGCGACAACAGCCUGCUGAAGAUUCAGCUAAACAAGUACCUGGCGGCGCUGGAGCUUCUCAAGUACAAUCACAGUCGCGGAGGAGAGGCCGGGGGUGAAACUUCUUCUUCCAACAGUAACAACAGAAGAGAAGACGGGGGCACCAGUAGUGGUGAUAACGAGGUGGAGGUGUACGAGCGGAAGCUCGUCCAGGUGUCGGAGAUGCACGGCGAGCUGGUGGAGUUCAAUGAGCACCUCUACCGGGUGAUCCAGCAGAAGGACUCCAUCAUCGGCCGACUGAGGGACGAGCUGGUGGAGCUGAGGGGGCCGCUUCCCGACAACGACGACCUCCUGAGCAUCUCCUCGGAGGCGGCGACCAGCGCCGUGGCGGCGGCCUCCAUCGCCGACCAGUCGCUCUCCUCCCUGCCGCUCAUUCACGUGUGGAUUCCCACGGCCUUCCUCUCCGGCGGCUUCAAGGGCAAAUCGCACCACAUCUACCAGAUCUACCUGCGCAUCCGCGACGAGGAGUGGAACGUCUACCGGCGGUAUUCGCAGUUCUACGCUCUGCACAAGAGCCUCAAGGCGCGCCACCCCACGGUGGUGGGCGGCUUCGAGUUUCCGCCGAAGAAGGCCCUCGGCAACAAGGACUCCAAGGUGGUGCAGGAGCGGCGGAAGAAGCUGGAGACCUAUCUGCGGAAUGUGCUCAACUACCUCCAGACGAACAGCGGCAGCGGGAGCGGUGGCGACCACCUGUCCAGCAAGGAGAAGCUGGUCGCUGCGGUGCCCUUUCUCAGCGACAAGUUCUUCCUUCAAGACCGGUCGCACAGCGUCUCUGACACCAAUUUGAAUGCGAGCAGCAAUGCCGGUCGAAGUUCCAGUCGAAGCCAUACUCAGUCCUCAGCAGUUCAACAGCAGCAGCAGCAGCCUCAGCCGGCUCAGCACUACAUGGGCUUCUGA